CCGUCUCUCCCCUACUUCAUCUUCCUUGUUAAUCAAUGGAAUGGGCUAACUUCGGCUCAGCUGGCCGAUUAGAUUUGCUAGGCGACAUCUGAAGGCAUAGUGGGAACUGUCGAAGCAGCUGACAAACUUUAUUAAAGACACAGUGGUACGAGAAACGAGGAGUUAUAGUGAUGUUCUCCUUGUUUUAUGGGCUUUGGAAGUACAUGUUCAGCAAGAUAGAAUUUCAUGUACUUAUCCUUGGUGUUCACAAGGCUGGAAAAACAUCUUUGCUAGAAAAACUUAAGGCUAUAUACUUGAACUUGGAAGGGCUUCCACCUGAUCGGAUUGUGCCAACAGUUGGGCUUAAUAUUGGUCGUAUUGAAGCUUCAAAUGCCAAACUUGUAUUUUGGGACUUAGGAGGUCAGAUUGGCUUGCGUACAAUAUGGGAGAAAUACUAUGAGGAAGCACAUGCUAUAGUCUAUGUAAUAGAUGCUGCUUGCCCUUCAACAUUUGAGGAUGCCAAGUCUGCAUUAGAAAAGGUGCUUAGACAUGAUGAUUUGCGAGGGGCACCUCUUUUGAUACUCGCGAAUAAGCAGGAUAUUCCUGAAGCCGUGUCAUCCGAAGAGCUUGCUCGAUACCUAGACCUGAAAGAGUUGGGUGAAAGGCUCUACCUGUUUGAAGCUGUUUCGGCGUAUGAUGGGAUGGGAAUUAAAUAUGCUAUUGAAUGGUUGGUGGAUGCAAUGGAAAGAAGUAAGCGUACUGAGAGUUUAAGAAUAAGAGCAAGAGCUGGUGAAGCUGGGAACAUUUAACGGUAAAUCCUGCAAUUUAAUUAUUCCAUUCAUCCAAGGAAAUAGACAUUGCUUACUUCUGGUGAAGCAAUGCUUAUUCCUUACUAUUUUGGGCGAUUAUUUUUUUUUAACCUGUACCCAGUGUGAAAUAUUAUUGUAUAAUUGGUCUAAGUUGAUAUUUGUUAAGUCAGAGAAUUACACUGCAGCCAAAUAUCUUUAUGAGUGCUAGUGGGCUUUGAUUAUGAAUUGUUAC